ACAAUGUCAAAAGUCAGCGUGGUUAGUGGGAAUUGUUUUCACAUUUUCUUGAAUUUUACCGGCAGCAAAAAAUUGCAUUUUCUUGAGAAAACUCAACAAAAUAACAAGAAAAGUGAUAUUAAUAGAAUUAGUGCGAGAUGGAGGAGAAAACUGAUGGAGAAAAUGCAACAAUCAAGAAGAAAAAGAGAGGAGGAAAUCGAAAGAAGACAAUCCGUCCGGAACAGAAGCAACUGAUUGUGGAUGGAUUUUUCUAUCUUCUCAGCCAGAAAAGCAAGAGAGCCAUGAAACUGCGAAGAAGACAUUGCAAUAGCGAAGCUGUUACAGAAUUGAGUCGUAUGCAUGGGAUUGACAAGGCAACAGUUUAUAGAAUUAUCAGAAAUAUGGACAAACCGGAAGAGCCAAAGCCCAAAAUGUGCCCACCAAUACGAAAGCGAAAGACUAAAUUGAUGGAGAGAAUUGAUCCCUACGAUAGGGAGCAGUACCGUCAUAUAGUUCACGAUUUCUAUGCUUCCGGUGUUUUCCCAUCGGCCGAUGAUGUCAGGAAAGUCGCGGAAAUGGAUCCUAGAAUGAGGCGUCUUACACGGGUACCAAUAACUAAACUUCUCAAGGAAUUCUCCAUUCCUGUCAUACAGCGAACGAAGGAGAAUAUGUUUCCAAAGGAGAGAGGGUACUAUGCCAAAUGGCGUUUGCACUACAUCGAGACGAUCCGGAAGUAUCGGGCGGAAGGGAAGAUCAUCUACUACGUCGGAGAAACAUCCAUUAGCACUGCAGAUGGGACAAAGGAAGGAAAAGCAACGCGACUUGUGAAUCUGGAAGCUUCAUCCUAUCAAUCGGAUCCAUCUGACGGUGAAUUUGAUCCGGAAGAUGUUGAGAAUAGUCCAAAACCCAACAGGGCUAGGGCGGCUAAGAAGCCUCCAAAAGAGAAACACGUCAGAGUCUUCCACAUUGGUUCAGAAUAUGGGUUUGUUGAUGAAGGACUCGCAAUGUUUGAUCCCAAAAAGAUGACUGAUGAUUGCCCACGUCGGUGGUUCUACAAAGCCGUGGAUGCCCUGGAACCAGGGAGUAUAAUUGUUGUGAAGGAUACUUUUUGCAAGCUGAAAAAUCCCCUGGAAGUUCCCUACCAUAAAAAUAUAACGUCUGCUGAGCUCAUUAGGUGGCUCAAAAGGAAGGAUAUUUCAUUCAGGAAAAAUAUGAAGAGAGUCGAACUCCAGAGGAUUAUUGCGGAGUAUGUAGCACGGCAUGAUGACUAUUCGAUUGAUGAAGUGGCCAAAAAUGAUGAUCAUAUCAUUUUAAGACUCCCCCCCAUGCAUGACGACCUCAAUGCCAUGGGGCUGGCAAUGGAGCAUGUUAAGUCCUUCGUGAGGGAGCGCAACAGCUCAUUCAGGUUGUGGGACAUAAGGCGACUCAUACCACCUGCUGUGAGGUCUGUGACGCAGAAGAAGUGGAAGGAGAUCAUUGCAGAAACGAUUAAGAGAGAAAAUGAAAUUUGGACAGAAGCUCUAACGGGUCAGCAGCCAGUGGUGGAGGCGUCGGGAGAACAGCCAUCAAAGAAGGGAUCAGAGGCUACUAAGAAAGCAAUGAAGAAUAUUUAUACAAGUUCUGAAGAAGAAUCUUCGGAAGAGGAGGAAGAUGAGAUAGAUUAUGGUUCUUCUGAAAUUUCCGACGAAGAUGUAAAAGAUGAGAUGGAACCGAUGGAUAUUGAGGAUCUAUUGUCUGAUGAAGAUUUGGAUGAAAAGUUGAAUAGAAAGUCAUCUGAGAAGUCUAAAAAGGCAAAUGGAGGAGAUUCAAUUGAUCUUAAAGAUGAACCAACGUCUGAUUCAGCGGAAGAUUAAAAGCUGUGAAUUCUGCUGGGGCUGAUUUUCCACUAAAAGCAAGUGAUGGACUAAGACGAGGUCCCUGAAGACUGAUACCUACACGUAAAUAUCUGUAAUAUAUACCUACCUAAUAGGUAUCUACUCGUUUCUUGUAUUUUUUAUGCCUUUAAUGAGUUUUUUUUUGUGAAGUAUGGAUUAUGUCAAGUUUAUAAGAAUAAAAGCAACUACUUUUUGAA